AUGCUAUCCCGUCGUGCAAUUUACACAUUUAUCCUCCAAAAUGCCGACAGGGAAGGGCAAGGCGCCUGAUGUAUUCAGGUAUCACUAUGCAAUUGUUUCAAGGAUUCCUAAUAGUUUUAAGGACAGUAGCUUAAAACAGAAAGAACCGGCGAAACCUAUCGAUCUUGAGAAGGCGCGUCAACAGCACGAAGAGUACGUCGAGACGCUUCGUAAACUCGGCAUCGAUGUGCUGGAACUUCCACUCGAUGAGCGACACCCCGACUGCGUUUUUGUGGAAGACACCGCUGUUGUGAUCAACGGCACAGCACUCAUAUGUAGACCAGGGGCACCGUCACGAUUAGGAUUAUCGAGAAUAAGCUAGAUUUCCAGAACCGCUAUGCGCAGGAUAUCUCAGAGCUUCAGAAGGCUGAUGGCGACCUCACCUCCAUGUCGAUCUUGAUUCAGAAGGUAAAACAUCCUAAAAACUUCAGCAGUGGAGUCAGCGACGAGGACCUGGGCGACUUCCCUGUUGUCACUUUGUAAACAACAACAAUAACCAAACGAGGAGUUCUACAUCUUCAUAAAAGUGUUUUUAUAGGGUUGGAAAUCCUAGCUUAUUUAGAGCAUUUAUAGAUGGAAUACAUAUGGUGUCUUUGUAUGUAGUAAUAACUCUGACCUCUCAUUUUUUUGUUUAUUCUUUACAGUAAAUUGUAUUGUAAUUAUUUUCAUUUUUGCUAUGCUGUUAGCUGUGCUACCUAGAUUUAGAUAUAAAGUGCGUAAGUUGUUAGAGAUAGCAUAACAGUCGUGGAAACUCCUGUAUAUGGCUUGGUCUACAAUAUAUCUGUAGUUGUAAGCAUGCUAAUCCAUCAGUGUCUGUUACAUAACAUUAUAUAUAUAUGGAAAAAAAUAGGCAGUUUGUAGACUGGCAAUGCAGAGCAGGCCUUAUUUGCAGUCGUUUUUCAACGGAGGAUGUUGUUUGUUGGUUGGUUGACUGUGCUAAAGCAUUUGAUGUCUAUCAUGUCAUACAUCAAUUUUCAUUCCUUUCCCUUGUUUUCUUAUCUUGCUUGUCUGCUACACUUGCAGAAUGUAAGACUAACAUAUCUUUUUACUGCCAGUGUUUCAUUACACAAUAUCUCCAAAGAAAAGUUAUGCAGGUCGAUGCAAAUUUUUGAUAAUUAGUCUUUAAAAGUAUUUAAAUUUAGAUUUGUUAAGAAACAGAAAUUUGUUUUGAAAGGUUUUUUUUUUAACUAGGGUUGAAUAGGUAAUAUUUUACAAGUACUUAUACUUUUGAAGCAAGACUAGAACAACGUGUACUACUGUCAUGGUUAUUUGCUUGAGAACAAUUUUCAGAAGCAUGAAAGACAUUGUUUUAGUUUUUACAUGGUUCAGAUGCAAAGUAAAAAGUAAAGAAAAUAAAACUUGCGGGCAAAUUAAAAAACGUACAACUUAAAGAAGAUGAUGGCCUGAUGAACGGGUUUGGGUAUUGUGACAUUUUAACUCGUUAGUCCCAAAGAUAACUCCAUCUCUUGAGAUAUUAUUCUAUUCAUACGUCAGGUAGCCAUUCACUAUUGUGUAAUAUUGCAAUGUAUCCCUGUUUUGUGAAUUACAUAGUACAUGUUUUGUAAAUGUAUAUUGUGCAGCAAACCAAUAUUUAUAUUAUAAGCUUUAAAUUUUGUACUAUGGAAAUUACGUUAACUGACAAUUUAAAAAAAGCGCUUGUGGCAAAUUAAAUGUUGGAAUUCAUCACAAUGUCAUUGGAAUGUAAAUGUUAUUGAAACUUCUUUUUACUGGCUAACGGCUAUGAAAUUUAUUGUAUCGCCUAUGAACGUUUCGCCUCUGAACGAUAAAAGAUGUUGCCAAAUGCUCCAUGUCGCUAAGAUGCCCUGGGUCUAAUAUAUGGCAUGUAAAAACCAACAAUUUGAUUAGUAAAAGCAGACAGUAUGUGUAUAAGCCUUUAUGUUGAUCGGUCAGAUUUAAACUUGUCAAAAAUAUCAGUUUCUUAACGCAUGCUUCCCAUCCUACACGUAAAAAUUCACUAAAGGACAUUAUCCAUAGAAAAUGACACUGCAUUUACAACACCCGUGCCAUUUAUUGAUACGAGUUCUUUUCUGGGCGAAUAUAUCCCGAUAAGUGGUAAGAUGAAAAUUCAAUUAUCUGAAAAAUUCGGUUGUGAUUAGCAGGUCUUUACGUUUUUUGGUAUGCACAGUAGAAACAAAACCCACGAUCUUGACUACCAAAAGUAUCAAAUUAUUGUGGAAAUUUUAAAGUUCAUUUUUAUACUAUUGACGUAUUUUGCCACAAUUUACGAGAUAAAUACAUUGUUCAGCAUAUGUAAUAUGAUAGGUAUACCGUAGGUAGUCAAAUUGUGUGUUAGAAGAACUGAAAAAUAGUCGUUGUCGGGAAGCGACUUCUGCAGUUAAGGAUUACCAGUGUGACAGGAAUGGUAUUCAGGGGUCCCAAGUGAUUAGCACGAGUUAGGGUUAGCUGGGAGAAACGGCGUGAAAAUAUGGGACGAGUGUCACCCGUACAAAGUAAGGGGCAACGGACUACGGUUCCUAGCGGACUACCUACACUGUACCAUUCCUGUCGCACCUGUUUUCAAUGGCGGCAUAGUGAAAAACUAAAACCCGUGUGCUACAAAGUUCCUAUAGUCCUACAUACCUCCAUACCUAGUAGUUUUAGAUGAACCCAAGUAGGCGUCGUUCCGUCGCAGUCGUGACGGUUGUAUUGUACUUUUUUGCAGUGCGAUAUUUGUACUUUAUCACUUCAUUGUAUGCAACAUAUUCGAAUAAAAUUUGUCAGCUGCUUAAA